AUGCGUAUGUAUGAUGUAAGAAACUGGCUGGAACCUUUGCUCGUAAUUGUUGGACCACACAGGAUCGAUUUGGGUGAGGACGCAAAAUUAAGACUCAUCAUCAGAUCAAAUAAACCAAUUAAAAAAAUUCAUUGGAUAAAAAUACAGGAUGAAGACAGAACGGAAAUCAAGCUUUGGGAGAAUCAGAAACCAGAACUCGACCCUGAAUAUACAUUUCCCUGCAAAACUAUCGAGGAAAACGGUUGCUAUUUAGAACUGAAGGAAGUAACAAUGAAAGAUGAUGCGAAGUAUGAAGCUGUAGUUCAGACUGUUGUUGGCAAAACAACAAGCACGGAAUGUAAGCUUAUGAUAUUGAAAGCGCCUCCACGUGUUAAAGUAUUUACCGAUGGAUCAAAGAGAACCAUUAAAGCAAACAUCAAGUCCAAUGAGGAGGUUCAAUUGUUGACUUGGCAAAGGAUGUACCAUGGAUCAUUUCAGGAUAUUGAUAUCGUGCACAGAAAAUAUAUUGGUUCAACUUUCGACAAAGAGAAUCCAAAGCUAGAGAUCCGGGACUUGACUGCAGAGGAUGAUACGUUGUAUCGCCUAAUUGUAAAAAAUACUGCAGGAGAAUGUACAAGUAAUGAAGUUCAUCUGGUACUUAAAGACGCUGUACCUCUUCUCACAAUAAAUGGGCCAUAUCAAGUAGAUUCCGGGGAUAACGUUACGCUGACACUCAUCAUUAGAUCAAAUAAACCAAUUAAAAAAAUUCAAUGGCUAAAACUGCAAGAUGAAAACAAGACAGAAAUGAAGCUUUGGGAGAAUCAGAAACCAGAACUCGACCCUGAAUAUACAUUUCCCUGCAAAACUAUUGAGGAAAACGGUUGCUAUUUAAAACUACAGAAAGUAACAAUGAAAGAUGAUGCGAAGUAUGAAUCUGUCGUUCAGACUGCUGAUGACAAAACAACAAGCACAAAAUUUAUGCUAAAGAUUCUAAAAGCUAUUGCAGAAAUCAUUCUGCCGGAGGAUGGAGAAGUGUGUUAUGGAGGGAAGGCCAGCAUUUCUGUCACUUUUAGAACAAAUUCUCCAGUACAGCGCAUUGAAUGGAUGAAAGCUUUUCAGGAUAAUUUUACCACCAUCAAUAUAUUGCGUGAUAAAUACAAUCAAUCGGGCUAUGAUUCAAGUGGUGCAGUUCUGUUAGUACAUGAUUGUGAUGUGCUGGAUGACGCAUAUUACAGAAUAACAGUAUACAAUGGAUUUGGAAAAUCAACAAGCAGAAACAUGCAUUUGCGUGUUCUAGACGCCCCUCCAAGUGUGAUAUUGUCUAUAUCAGAGACCCCUAUUCUUCAAGAAACAGCAAGAAUUUUUGCCAGAAUUCAUGCCAAUAGGCCAUUGAGUAAAAUCACUUGGCACAAAUAUCUUCAGGGUGUAUGCAAAAUAACUGAAAGCAUGUCUCGUGAUUGCCAAACAUAUUACAGCACUACGGAAGAAUAUGAAGAGUACCUGUUAAUACGAAAAGUAAACAUCAAUGACCAAGGCCUUUUCCAUGUGGAAGUGUCACAUUAUACAGGCAAAGUACAAAGCAAUACCAUUCGUUUCGUUUUGGAAAAUG